GAGAGAGAGAGAGAGAGCAUCCUCAGCAUCCGCGCCGAGCGCACCCCUUCCUUUCUCACUGCCUGCCUGCGCAGCAGACUCAGUUCUCUGGCACGGACAACGCACGAGCCGCGAGACACAGAGCGAACGCACCACUCGGACGCGCACUCAGUGAUGGACGAUCUGUCCGACGGCCUGCCUGACGAGCUCAAGAUGGACCACUCGGACGACGCAAUGCCCAGCUACACGCGACCCAUGAUGCAAGCCCAACGACACAAUUCCGAAGAGGCCGAAAAGCCGGUCAACGGCUCCGGCGUGCACUUCUCCACCCACUUCCCUCGCUCCAGAGAGGAGAGGCGGAUGAUCGACAUCACCAGGGACAAACCGAUCAAAGUCACCGUGCGUGUCGUCGUCCCUGUCAGGGACCAUCCUAAGUUCAAUUUCGUGGGGAAAUUGCUCGGACCAAAAGGGAAUUCAUUAAAGCGGCUGCAGGAAGAAACGAUGACGAAGAUGGCGAUACUCGGAAGGGGCUCCAUGCGAGACAAGCAGAAAGAGGAGGAACUGAGAGCGUCCAACGACCCAAAAUUUUCGCACCUCAACGACGACCUGCACGUCGAAGUGACAGCUUUUGCGCCGCCAGCAGAGGCGCACGCCAGAAUCGCCUACGCCUUGGCUGAGAUCCGCAGGUUUCUAGUUCCGGACUACAAUGACGAGAUCCGACAGGAGCAAAUGUGGGAGAUGCAGGUGCUAAAAAACCGGCAGCGCAGCUCGGGGGCCGAGUGUGAGGGGGCCGAGUGCGCGAGCAGCAGCGCUUCUUCCGGCAGCCCUUCGCCCCCGCCGCCCCAGCUGUCGGGGUCGCCGCCGUCAGGCAAGGGCAGCCCCCAGCAGCACCCGGCGUCCAGGGGCGUGCUCAUCCGCUCGCAGCAGCAGCCGCCUCUGAUGGCCGGUCUGCCGCCGGCGAUGGUGCCUGGCUCGCCAUCCACCGCCACCGCCAUGGUCACAGCAGCCAACUCCGGGGGCAGCCAGCCGUUGAUCGGCCGCAAGAGGCCGCUGCUCUCCGGUGGGGCCAGAAUCACGAUGUCACCGACGAAGCGGACCGUUCUCUCCAUCCUGACCAGAGCCCGGGCGGCCCAGUCGAAAGGGGCCGUGUCGCCCAUCAACGACUACGACCUCUCCUGCUCUAAUGGACAAAGCUGUCGAGUGGGCGUGCUGGACGAGAACUCGCUGUCACUGACCGGAAGCGACGGAGGCGCCAGCGCCGUCUAAGCGCCUCCGCAGACGACCAGAUUAAGGCAAAUUUUGUCACAACAAUCAGAAACGUCCAGCAUCACGGUGUUUUUGUUUUCGACCGAUUCGCGAAGGACACGCUCAAAAUUCCCCUGCAGAAAUUGCGAACACCAGUUAUGACACGCGCGAUUGGCUUUGCCUAUUUUUGUCGUUGUUCCAUUUUGAAAUUGAACAGAGAGAUACAAACGGAUGAAAGACGAGACGUCUUCGUAGUCGUGUAAAGAUAUCAAAAUGACAGAAUUUAAAUGUUCAAAUUUACGAAAAUAUUGACGCAGUUACUUGUAGCCGUGGCGUUGGAUGAUCAAGGAAUGGGAGGUGGCGGUGUAUAACUAAAGCGUGCGAUGUAAAAUUUUAAUCGAUUUUAGUACAAAACUCGUUAAGUUAAUCUCGUUGGCGACAACACACUCACAACAUAAACACACACACACGAACAGAGGGAGGGCCUGAAACAACCCUUUCCCUGAUCUUGCCAAUGCCGCUUCGUUUACUUAUAAUUUGAAACUAUAGGGGAUGUGUCUGCAUGUCUCUGUAGCGCAGCCGUAAACUAAUCCACUAAAAUAGUCGCCCUCUCGGGCAUUAAUUCUUCUCUUAUUAGAGAAGCGCUGCUGCUGCUUUUCCGUUAAUUUGCAAUAUACACACGAUGCUAUAAAAAAACACAGAGCAGCGCGCAAGCAAUUCCCUUAAUUGCUCCAUCUGACGAGAAAAAGCACAAACUUGUUGGCCCUGCCUGCUUCUUGUUAGUGUCACCCUGAGAUAUUGAAUCAUUGGAUAAUCAGGAACGCGCGCAGGGAGAGGAUUACCGAGCGGAAAGCGGAUUUUCUCCUCCGAAUGCGCUUUGGGAUGGGAUUUUUUCGCUCCGACCCGCCUCCUCCUCUCACUCCAACUUGAAUUUAUACACUAUAUACAUGUAUAUGUACACACACGAGUGCAUGGAAGAAAGAAAUAUCGCAUCCGCAGAUCAGCUCGAUAGUUUUCUACUUAGGUAUCAAACUCAAAACUCACAUAGGGUAUAAACGUCGUUUUUUUGGUGUCGGAAAACAGUGCUCGGCCGACGCAUGAGCUUAAAUCGCGCAAACGAAUGCUCACUCGGUGUUUCCACAAGAGAUUUUAUUUGUUCUGCAAGUUUUUAACUUUUAUUAGAGCUUCAUCCUGGUUUUUGCUGGUUUGUUAGGGUGUCGAAAUAACAAAGCUUAAGGCGUAAAUUUAAUUACCUCUUUCCGGGAAAUGAGCGUGAAAUCUGGGGAAACGUAUUUUUUAUCAUAAAUAAAAAGGAAUAUCUCGAGUUCAAGAAAAUUAAACCCAAUACACAAAGACGCCCAAUUAAUUAGACAUCCAGAAAACUUAAAAAUUACACUUUUUAAUUUUUUAAUUUAAUUUUUGAAUUUUAUUUAAUUUUUAAAUUUAUAAAAAAAAUCAGAUGUGAUAAAAAGUGGCUCUCAGUGUGUGCAAAAUUCCUAAUUUUCAGGAUGAUUGAUUUUGCGAGUAACGCGGGAGGUCAAAGGUUGAAAAAAAAGAUGUUUUUGAGUUCAGUUGAAAAUUCAGCUAUUUAAAAUUGCUUGAUUAGUUGAUUUUUUACCUGCGUAACAUGCUGGAGAGCACCCCUAUGAGGUCAGAAAAGACCAUCCAAAAAGAGAAUUUAGAAAUUUAACCAUGGCAUCAAGCAUUUUUAGUGACCACUUUGCCGACACCUGACGGGCUCUUUUCCAUAAUUGGAACUGCCAAGUCAAGAGCUUCAAGAUGUUUUACUUGACCCUUCAGGUUGCUCAGGAACGGCCCUGACGAUGUGCCCUGCUGAAUCUCGUUCUAAUUUUUUAGUCAGAUUUGACAAUUAAAGUGGAAUGAUACUGGGCAACAAUUGAAAAUUAUUUGCAUUCUUGGAUGCCAUAAACAAUUGAUCGAUAAACAAUUUGUUCAACAAUUUGCAACAAUAAAAGAAGGACCUUCCUACAAUGAAAAUUCAAAUUUUGCCAAUUUUCUCCCAAAUUUACACUGCUGGAAUAUAUUUUCUUGGCAUAUUCCGAUUCCUCUCGUCGCGAUCUGUCCAACGGUGUAUGCCACUUAUUGGGGAAACUCUUGGUUUUGAAAUUAAAUCGGAUUUCAAGUAAGGAGACAGCCAUUAUCAUUUGAAAAGCACGGUAACUUUCCAGCCAAUUUUCUCAAAACAUUACAGUGCUUCUUUGGUAAAUUUAGGCUUUAACUGAAUCCUAAGGGAUAAGUUUAUGCAUUGGCAACAAGCAUUUUCCAGGCUUUUGCAAUAUCAUUCCUCUUUACCUUAACAAAUUUUUAAAUAUCAGAAUGGUGCUCGAAUGAAAUUAAAAAAUUGCAGACCUUUAUCAAAUAUCUCGUGGAAACGCCCGACUUUGUAAUUAAAUGAUUCGGCGGUGCGUGUGACACGUGAUAAACACGAUUAUUCGGUGGAAAGCUGAGGACGCCGCCUCUUCCUUGUUUCGCAAGCGGGAGAUGCUUCAUUUUGAUGCGCGUGGUUUGUUUUUCUUUUCCUCCGCUCAUCAGGCGAGCUAAGGGCUUUCUUUUGCUUUGUAUACGCAAGAAGGCAAGUUAAUGAGCAAGAAUUGUUGUGACAUGGCGGCGUGUGCACGCCGCACGGCAUGAUGAAUUGUGUGCGCGUGGGAUGCCGAAUAAAUCACCGCGGGGGCUGCACUCCUCCGAUUGGCCGUUUUUCCCCAGGCGCCGCGUGAAAAAGCAUUAAAACUCGAGCAUAAAACUGCCGAUGAAAAACUUUUUUGCCUCUGCCACGCCCUGCCGUCGACGACUUUCAACUCAUUAAAAGGAAAUAAAUAAGUUCUUCUUUCGCGGCUUCUGGUGAAAUAAUAAAACGAGGGGCGAUUGAGUGCUGAUUAAAAUCGAUUCGGAAGUUUCCAGAGUGAGCUGGCUUGUGCUUUUCAUUCAGCGGACUUUGACGUUUGAGUUUUUGUUUUCCACCUUAUGGUCCAAAUAAUGAAAUCGGUUUUAAAAUAUAAUUGCUAAGUUUCUGGAGUAUUAAUUUGGGUGGUUUUAUCCGUUGAAUUACUCUGAUUUUGAGUUCAAUCCUUUGGCUGUUCAUCUGCUCUUAUAUUUAAUUAAAUUUUGAGAAAAGGCUGAAAGUUGAUAAAAAAAAUAUAUUGCCAAGUGGUUUCCCGGCUGAUUUUUGGAAUACUUAAAAAUGGAACCAUCCUAUGACUUGAAAAAUAAUCUGAAAAACAGUAUUGUUAUAUUAUAACUUAAUACCAGCAGGAAAGCUGAUUAUCUUGCUAAUUACUGUCAUUUAAAGUGGAAUGAUACAGGGCAACAAUUGAAAUUUAUUUGAAUUGUUGGAUGCCAUAAACAAUUGAUCGAUAAACAAUUUAUCCAACAAUUUGCAAUAAUAAAAAAGGACCUUCCUACAAUAAACAUUCAAAUUUUGCCAAUUUUCUCCAAAAUUUACAGUGCUUGAACAUAUUUUCUUGGCAUAUUCCGAUUCCUCUCGUCGAGAUCUGUCCAACGGUGUAUGCCAUUUAUUGGGGAAACUCUUGGUUUUGAAAUUAAAUCGGAUUUCAAGUAAGGAGACAGCCAUUACCAUUUGAAAAGCACGGUUACUUUUCAGCCAAUUUUCUCAAAAAAUUACAGUGCUUCUUUGGUCAAUUUUGGCUUUAACUGAAUCCUAAGGGAUGAUUUUAUGCAUUGGCAACAAGCAUGUUCCAGGCUUUUGCAGUAUCAUUCCUCUUUAAAUUCCUCUUUAGAAUGGGAGCUAAACGGAAAAACCUAAACCAGAAACUAUAUUGUGUAAAUUCCGAAAAACAUAUUUUAUUUAGUGAUAGUAACUUUUAUUAACAGAAUUUUCUGGUACUCCAGCAGUGGAAUUCGCGUGGUUUCUAUUGGGGAUAGAGCUCAUUGUGUUAGUGUUGGUUUUGGAAACUAUUUGGCCUAUUUAUCCACGCGGAAAAGGACAAAACACAUGCAUACUUUCAUUGGCCUAAACUCUGGAGGAAAGUUAUAUUAUAUAAUUACGUACCAUGCACAAGCCUAGCUGCGAUUGUAUUGUUUUGAAUAGAAUGCUGUGUAUUUCAUUCCAGUCACAUUGGUUGCGGCGGAAACUGUCCUAGCGGAAAAUGCAGCCGGCCACGCGAGCCGCUACGAAUAAUUCGAGUGCGAGAACUCUGCUCCUUCAGUACCAAUGUGUGGGUGUCUCCCCAAAAGCUCAAAUGAUAUGCAACAAAAGACUUUUGUGUGACGAGGAUUCCGACGAAUGAAGGCGAAAGAGAACAGUAGUAAGCUCGGCGCCGCACUCUGUGUGCCAACUGAGCGACUUCCUUCCGUUCGGAACACACAGCGAGCGGAUUAUUAAUGAAACGGCAAUUACAGUUGUGCAACUGAGAGGUAAUUUAUUUUUAAAUUGUCCAUUAUGUAACCGAUGUAGAGCCACAAAAGCGGUCUCUCGCAAGCGUAUUGUUCGUUUGCAGGCGCCAUACCGCCACCACCAUUGCGCGCGCGGGCACAACAGUUGCAUUCAAUUAUACCACUUCUCAUUGUGACGCGCAAUUCAAUUUUGAUGGAUCCACUAUGCCGUUCAGAUGAGCCACCAGCGGGUCAGCCCGCUCGUUUUUUCAAUGUAUGCACAUACAGAAACGGUCGAAAUUGUCAUUGCGCUACUCGCCUGUCCAUUCGCCAAAAUCGGUUUUAUUGGCUUUAGAUAGAGUGGCUAAGUUAACUCCAAAAAUCGAGUAUUGAAUUCCGUUUUUUAUUUAUUUCAAUCCUUGUUUUAAAACAUUUCAAAUUAUUUUCUCGUGCUCUGAAGUCAUCCAGAAACACCAAGAAAACGGAUGAUUUUUUUAUUACAAAUAAAUUGAGACUUAUAGCCGCUUUAAUUGUUUAGAUAUUGGUAUUAAAAUCGAUAUCUCAAUUAAACAACGAACAAAAACAGUGUUUGCGUCAUUUUAUAGAUAUAAAUGCCAACGAAGAAAAAAUCAAUUUAUUAUGUAAUCCAGAUUGGGAAUUUUAGACGUAUUAUAGAACAAUUUUAGACGGCUUUAAAUUAAAAUUUAAAAAUUUUUAGACAGUUUUUGAGGCAAUCUUGACAGUUUUCUUCGAGAAUUUUUACCAAAAACGUUACAUUUUCAAGGUGUUUGCAAUUCUUUUAACAUGUUUUCACUUCUUUAAUGAGCUUUCAGAUCAAAUUCAGGUGAACUUGAAUGCUUUUUGACGGAACUAAAUCAAAAUCAAUAACCUUUCGUGGCGUAAAGCUCUUAAGAAGUUAUGGCAAAACAUCAUUGUUAAAUACCUUUUGUGCAUAGAAACUUCCCUGAAGGCUUCUCAACAAAACAAAAAUUAUACCUAUGUUCCAAGAAAAAAUAAAAUGAACACGUGAAUAUCGCAACGAAAGCUAAGCAAACGACUAACAUGAUCAAAUCUAAGUUUAAAAAAGAUUUUGAUUCAGCAAAAAUCCACAGGAAAUUCAAAUUUUUGACACAUUCGCAGAAAAACACUGUCUCUUUUUCAUCUUUAGGCGUUUGUCUGGCUUCAAAAGCGAGUUAGACAAUUUUUGAUAGUUUUAGGCAAUUCAAGAGUGGCAGAGAUCGGUUUGAAACUAGUGUGGUUCGUGCUUGUAUAAAAAAGUAAACAGUUCCACAGAAAAAUAGAUGUGUGUCUAAAAUUCCCAACUUUUUACAUCAGGCUAAAAAUAAUGAAACGGUCUGUGUCAUAUCACUUUUACAAAAGUCCGGGUAAUUUAGCCACCCUAUCAGAUGCGCCGUUUCUGUUGACCAAUGAGCUAUAAAAUGGGAGAGAAGCCACAUCAUUGUUUAUCUCAUCUGCACUGGCUUUUCAAAAUGCGGGCCCGUCUGUGCAUUGUAUAUUCACGCUAAUAAACGAACGCUGCGCGCUUCAAUUCUGUGCUAUCGAAGUUCCAGCUUAACUGAAAAUCCAUAACCACACAGUAUAAUUCUGCCUGUCUGUCCGCCGUGUUCUUGUUUGCUGUUCUUCUCUCUUCACAUAUCGCCCCUUGAAGGAGAAUUUUUCGAAUGGAUGCGAGUUAUUUGCAGACGCGGGCGUGAAUGUGUUGUUUGAUGGAGGUACGAAUAAUAAAUUCUCGCUCUCUACGAUUGUGUGUCAAACUCUGUUUGUAUUGAGACACUUUUAGAUGAACGGGCGAAAUUAUCCAUUAUGUCGCAUGAGUCAAAGGCAGCCAACCACAUAAUCAAAAGUAAGGCACGAUUAAAACCUAAAUCGAACAAGUUAAAACGCGUAAAUAAGCUUCACUCGAGAGCAGUUUACACAUUAAAAUGCUGAGCAACCCAACGAGAGAGACUGACACACUUAAUAUCGCGAGAAUCUAAAGAAAGAAGAAGUAAAAUCGAUGGUCACUUAAAACAGAUUAAAAAAAAAUAACACCCGCAGAAACACCGGAGGGAAAAGCUUAUUUGCUCUGCUUUUGGCUCAUUUGGUUGUGCUCACUGUGAUUUUGUACUUAUAGAUGCUAACAAGGGUAAUAAAUGAGUGGUGCGUGUCCCAAACUACUUCGACUAGGACAUAAUUAAGUCAUUAAAUCCAUUAACGGGGCAGCGGAGCGGCGUCUCGACCUUGCAAGCCGCCGAGCGCGUUAAUUGUAUCAAGAACACACAAUUUCACUCUGUAAAGGAAAGUGCUGAAUGCUCGAGACGCGCCACCGCCAACCGGUAAUUAAAUUUAAACAUAAGAAUUCAUUGUUAUACUUUAAUGUUUAUGACUGUUUGAUGUUACGUGAAAUAAAAUAACAGACACACACGUGAUGGUGUUAAACGAUAACCUGCAGAAAUAUUCGCUGUUGUAUUAACUACACUCACAGACACAAAAGAACCAUUUAAACAGAGAAAUAAGGUGGACCAUGAAGUGUUGUACGAAGUUUGAAAUUUAUUAUUAUAUUUCAUGAAGGAUAAUAAAUUAUAAAUACUAUCACAUGCAUUGAUUUUUGCUCCAAUAAAUAAAAGUACUAAUCUACAAUGCAGCAA